AUGGUUUCUCCUUUUCUCUUUCUUCAUCCGUUCUCUCAUUUUCUGUCCCUCUGCUCUUUUUUCUUCCUUUUUUCCCUUUCUCCCUGUCCGCCAUAUUUAUUAACAGAUGCCAGUGAUUCUCUGCUUUUUGUUCCUUCGUCCAUUUAUUUUUUUUUCUGUUCCUCUCCUCACCUUUCCCAUUUUUUUCUCUUCUCCUUGGUCGCCAUGUUUACCAGUCAACAGACGUUUCUUUUCUCCCUCAUCCAUCUUGUUUCUUUUUUCUAUUUCUCUCUCUAUAUAAAUGAUCUUUCCGUUUUUCUUUUCCUUGUCUGUCAUUAUUUUUUCUUUUCUUUUCUCGUUUUUCCUGUUCCUCUCUUCACAUUCUACUAUUUCUUUGUUCCUCUACUCUUCUUCUUCUUCUUCUUCUUCCGCUCUCUUUCUCUCUCUCUCCUCCCUAUCGCUAUCAUCUCUUUUUCAGCUCUUUCUCUAUUGAAGUAG